CUUCACACCAUUUCCAGUUGUCAAAACUUCAUUAUCCAAAGAUGUGAUCAGUAAGCAAAUAAAUAGUAAUUUGAUCUAGUUCCCAUUUUAUCUUAUCAGCCACAUGCUCUGCCCCAAGUAUUAGCAGAUCAGGCAAAAAUCCAUAUAACGUUCAUUGAAUUGUAUUUAGUUGACGUAAACAAGAUCGGGAGAGAAAAUGGCUGGAAGCCCUCCAACACCAGAAGCUCAGUUUCAAGAUCUGAAAAGUCGAAUGAAACUCAUUUCUGAAGCGGAUCCCGAGCAGUAUCACAAUGACUUCUCGUUGAAAAGGUACUUGCGAGCCUUCGGGAGUGCUGACAGUGCCUUUCAGGCCAUAUUGAAGACGAACAAGUGGAGAAAGGACUAUGGGGUGGCUGAACUGAAUCCAGAGCAUUCAGUUGUGAAAAAGAACCUGGAAGCCAAUAAAGCCAGAGUGUUGAAGCAUAGGGAUAUGCAGGGACGACCGGUGGUUUACAUCCCAGCCAAGAACCACAAUGUCAGCGAAAGGGACAUCGAUGAACUAACAAAGUUCAUUGUCUAUUGUCUGGAGGAUGCCUGCAAACGGUGUUUUGAGGAAGUCAUUGACAAUCUAUGCAUAGUAUUCGAUUUGAAAGACUUCGGCCUCAAUUGCAUGGAUUACCAACUGAUCAAGAACCUGAUUUGGCUGCUUAGCAGGCACUAUCCCGAGAGAUUGGGAGUUUGUUUGAUCAUCAAUUCUUCCACUAUCUUCUCGGGGUGCUGGGCUGUGAUCAAGGGCUGGCUGGAUGAGAAAACUGCCGGAAAAGUCAAUUUUGUUAGCUCAGAAGCUGACCUGUGCAACUACUUGAUACCUGAUAUCUUACCUGAUGAUAUAUAAGUUCCAGGUAUACACCUAGGAUUAGGUUCCAGUGACUAAUGGUAUGCCAUAUUGCUCUACUAAGUUUUGUCUCUCUAAUAAUUACCAAAAAAACUUGUUCAAACUCAUAUAUUUUCAUUUAAAACGCAUUUUCCAUGUCACUGCCACCAAACAUAAUCAAUUAGUGUCUCAAUUGAAGUCUAAAGAAAUAUUUAUAAUUCCUAAAGCGUCGACAGUGCAUGUACUACAUAGGAACCAAUUUGUUCAAGAUACUUGUUUUUAACGUGAAGUGAAUCAUCUGCAAAGAAAUGCAAUAUAUCUUUCCCUGUUUAAACUGGGCUUUAAUCAACAAUGUACAAAUCCCGAUUCACUUCGCAAAGAAAACAAACAGCUAAAUGGAUAAAACCUUAGAACAUUUCAAAAUAUAAAAACUGCAAAAAUAACAGUGUUAAUGUGAUAAAAUAUACCAUAUUUUGAGAA